AUGGAAUCUUGCUAGUGGGGAUCUGAGAACACCGCAGCAGCGUUCGCAACGGCGCAUGCAACAGACAAACGUAGUCCUUGGACUUGCCUCGUAGCAUUGCGAUACCUCCUAUUCAAGCGCGAUAUUUCUUUGCACGUACACCACUUUCUAAAAGCAUCCGCUACACUCGGUAUAACCGCCCAUAUUCUCAGCUGUUCCGGAACAGGUUAGCCGGCGGGGCACUCACGUUCGCAUUCAAGUGGAUGAUAUAGACCGUACCACUAGUCGCCCGACAUGCAUCUCCUCUCCAUUACAUUCACACCCCAACACUAUGCUCUACCUACCACCACCGAUUGGAAGACUCGCGGACUAUAGCCCGCCACCUCACUCAGACGACAUUCAGGUCGUCUUCCCUCGUGAACAUGUCAUGAUAUUAGCUUUUAAUAGGCCAAAGUCUCUCAAUGCUAUGACGCCUACUAUGACUGAGGACAUCAAGAGGAUCUUGGACUGGUUUGAUGAGGAACCGAGUCUCUGGGUUGUCAUUCUCACUGGACAGGGACGUUUAUUCUGUGCGGGUGCAGACCUUGUUGCUUGGAACCAACGCGCUAGCACUGGGCAGGCAGACAGCGAAGAGGAGCUACUUAAAGGUGUUGAUGGUUUCGGUUCUAUCUCACGUCGAUCAUCUUCGCCGAAACCUAUAAUCGCUGCUGUCAAUGGCAGCGCGUACGGAGGAGGCGUGGAGAUGGUGCUCAACUGUGAUAUUGUCAUUGCCAGCGAGGAAGCUGUCUUCGCAUUGCCCGAAGUCAAAAGGGGUGUUACUGCUCUACAAGGGGGAAUGCCGAGACUUGCAAGAAUAGCAGGACAUCAGCUUGCUUCGGAGAUGCUUCUGCUGGGUCGCACAAUUUCAGCGCAAGAAGCGGCAACCCGGUUCGGCUUCGUGAACAAAGUGGUACCCAAGAACCAAGUCCUCGCAACGGCACUCGAGUGGGCAAGAGAGAUUAACCAGAAUUCCCCCGACUCCGUUCAAAGCACUAAACGAGCUCUGAUACUAGCAAAUCAGAAAGCAAGUCUCGAAGAUGCUGUUGCUGCGCAUGUAACAUCCAAGGAAAGCCGGCGAGCGCAGAGUGGUGAGAACAUGAAGGAGGGUUUGACUGCUUUUGUGGAGAGACGGAAGCCUAUUUGGAAGAAUCCUGCGAAGUUGUAGGUGAAGUAAGAAUUGAUUUGGAUCAUGUACAUCAGUUUGGAUCCCUUUUGAACUUUUUUGCAUUGUUGCUGUAUGGAUUUACUCGCUGGAAUGAAUCAUCUUUUAUACCCUUUG